UCACUGUAAGAAGUGAUUCGUUCACGCUCGUUCACUGAAAGGAUCCGUUCAUUUGAACGGAUUGUUCACUCACGAGUCAACCCGACUUUGGAUCCGUAUUACCUUGUUAGCAGGUCGGAUGUUAGGAGUACAUCGAGUGAGGCUGAGCUUCACUGGCGUGACAUAAUCAUUUCAAUAUCAAGCUGCUGUCUUUGUCAUAUUUCACGGCUGCUCACACUAAAGGACAAGCAUCCACACUUGAGCAGACAUGACGACGCGUUCUGAAAGAGAAAAAGCUCAAAAAUUGAAUGAGCAGCAUCAGGCCAUUCUAUCGAAACUGCUGAGAGAGGACGACAACAAAUACUGUGCCGACUGCGAAGCAAAAGGCCCUCGGUGGGCCUCAUGGAACCUUGGGGUGUUCAUGUGCAUCCGCUGUGCUGGCAUCCACCGCAACCUGGGUGUCCACAUCUCCAGAGUCAAAUCUGUCAAUCUAGAUCAGUGGACCCCAGAGCAGAUGCAGAGUAUGGUGGACAUGGGUAACGGUCGGGCCAAGCAGCUGUAUGAAGCCCACCUUCCAGAGAACUUCUGUCGGCCACAGACUGACCAGGCUGUGGAGAUUUUCAUCCGUGACAAAUAUGAGAGGAAAAAAUACUACGACGAGGCUCUGGCUACAACCCUGAAGUCAGGUGAAGGUGCUCCUCACUCCAACUCAUCAUCCUCCCAGGCUGUCAGAAGCAAAUACGAGAAGGAACGUGAAAAGAAGAAUGAUGAGAAGAAAAAAGAGAAGGACUCUGAUCGAAACAACGUGAAGUCAGAGUCCAGAGCCAGUCCCAAGAAAAGUCCAGAUGCGUCUGUGGACCUUUUGAGCCUGGAUACUCCAGAUGAGCAACGAAAAAGCCCAACAAUGAAUGAUGAAGUGGACAUCUUUGGACCAAUGGUCUCUAACCCUCUACCCCCCUCCAACAUCACGCAACAGGCUAAGCCCGAUUCCAGUAGAGCAGCUCAGCCAUUAGAUCCCUCCACCUCUUCAUCUUCCUCCUCUACUUCCACCUGUACCACCACAAGGGCAGAGGAGAAAAAGCUCUUAUCCAAAGACUCUAUACUGUCUCUGUAUGCCACCAGCUCAGUGGGUAGUCAGCCACAGAGCCAGCAACAGCCUGCUACUGGCCAAGGAAUACACUUGGGCCAGCCUCAAAUAACACAGCAAGGCUUCAACAGCGCCAUGAUGGGAGGAGGGGCCAUGAUGUCAGGCAUGACUCUACCUAACUGCAGCUAUGCAGACAUGCAGCAGAAUAUGCACGGCGGCAUUCAGCAAGGACACUGGAGUGUGGGCCAGUUAUCCCAGCAGAUGUCAGACAUGGCCACCAAUGGAGGCGCAACACCAUCAAGCACGUCUGCAGCCAGUUGGUCCCCAGCGCCAAUAGCUUCUGGGCAGACCCUCAGCACUCAGCUGUGGAAGUGACGAGUGGGCAGCCCAUACAAUUUGUUGUGCGGCUUGUAGCACCUACACCAAAUUAACUCAUCCACUGCCAUCGACGCCUAUAGACGUCAACGAUCCGUUCUAACUGUCCUGGCAGUGAAUGAUUUAACAGACAUCCUCCAACAGCAUCGCGGAGGUUUCUUCUACAAAGCCAAUACAAUAAAGUAGGGAUGGGAGCACAGGCCACCGUCAUGUUUUUUCUGAAUUGGAUGUCAUUGGGAUUUUCUGUUUGUGUUGUGUGAAGAGUAGGUACAGUAACACAACAACACACAGUCGAAAACACUGCUGGACAGAGUAUUCGCUAUAGUAGUAAUGUAAUACUGUAGGUCUAUAAUAUCAUGAAAAUUAAUAGAUAGUUGAUAGUCAUACAGUAGAUAUGGUUCCCUCUUGGUGGUUGGUCUCCGCUUUCUGCCGUGUAUGUUAAACUCCUCCCACAGCUGCCCUCACCUUCUUUAGAACCGACAGAGUCUCGUGGGCAGGAAAUCGUCUGACCAGUACUGUAUUUGUGUGAUAAUGAUGUGUGAACCACAGAGCCAUAGCCGGUGGUCAGGUCAGUGAUUCAUUUCUCAGAGAUGUAUUGUGUUGUAUAUGUUUGGUCAUGAUGCCAAAUGACAGUGGAACCACACAUCUCUGUUGCUAAAACAUAUUCGAGGUUCCUAUGUACAUCGAGCAAUGUUUAUCCUUUCUAAUCAGCGUCGAAAUCCCAUCUGAGAAGCCGUAGUUCUAAAACCUAGCCGUGUAAUGUGAAAUCAAUCAAAAAUGAUUGCAUCUGUAAAUUGAUUUGAUAAAACUUUAAUGGGUGUUUAAAAAUUUAAAUUUUAAUAACCCAGAUAUGAUUUUAGUUGUUGAUGUUUUAUGCUCUUGUCAUUUUGGAAAAGCCGAUACAACUGACAUAGUUGUUUAACCAAUUCUCAUUUACAAUACGCACGUCCCCAACUAGCCGAGGGUUUCUCGAGUGCUUUAUGUAUUUAUGGGAAGAGCGCCGUGCUUUUUCUAUCCAUCGUGAUGGUGGAGCAUUGACAUUGCCUUCCAUUCUUGUAUUUGAAUGGGAAAGACACAAUUGUAAUUGUAAUGACAAAAUCAUUGUCAUUAUUGGAUUAGAAAUGAAAAUCUGUGUAAUGCAAAUACCUUUGGCUCCCCUCACCGCACAUCCCUGUCCACCAAUGAAGUGUACCAAGAAUUGCAUCUGUCAAAUGCACUAAAUUGCCAAGCAGUUCAUUCUGUUUGUUCUGGCAGGGGUUUAUGCAAAUAGAUUUAUUUAGCACACCCACUGUGAUUUAUCAAAUACAAUUCUGGCAAGAUUAAUUGCACCACUGUGGGUAAUCAUAAUGAGGAGGCAUGGGAAAUAUGAGCGGAGACCAGGAGAACUGAUCUUUUCUGCUUGUGUAAAAUUUUUGAACCAAAAAUUAAUCACCAAUGCAGUUUCAGAGCUUCUGGGCGACCUGAGGGCUGACUUGUGACCAGUCAUAAGAACGAAUCAUGCCAUAUCUCCUAUGACUAAGCUGUUUUCAACUCUUCAUAUCAUAAUUUCAAUGCACAACCGUCUCUUGCUGGCAUCUCCCAGAGCAGUUUUUCAUUUUUUGUAAAUGUAAAAAAAAUAAAUCGUAGACUCUCUGCGAUAUACCUGGCCACACAAUGCCCCGCCCCCUCUAAGAAAGAAAUCCUAGCGCUCUCAGUGCAUGUGACACGUCCACUAACAGCGCAUGCUAUCUGUUAGCGUGGAAAUUUGGGAUCUUAAUAAAUUAGGCGCUUAGACUGUACGACUAUCCACAGUUGGGUUGUCCUAAACUAAGGUCUCCUAGGAGUAUCAGCCAUGUUGCAUAUUACACAAAGUCAGAUCAAGCUCUUGGGCUAUGAGCCAGUAAAGUCAUUUAUUUUUUCUGUAGACCUCUCUUGCAUUCCUGAAGCUAAAUUAAACCUCUGUGGAAUUACAGCGAUUCAUCUCGGUGCACUUUAAAUACCACAGAGCGAGCGCUGCAUCUCAGUGCAUUGUGAUUUUGUCUCAAGAUUAUCAUCAGGGAACAGAUAUGUGAAAUGUGUAUUUCAAAUGUAGUCUCCUCCUUCCAUCUAUAUAAUGCAAUUUCAAAUCCAUGGUUGAGUCUUAAUCCGGUGUUCUGGCAUCCUUUUUUUUUAUUGUGUGUGUUGUUGCGUGUGGUACAAGAGUAGCACAAUUACUGUGACACGAGUAAACCUGUACGACAAAUCACAUAAUGGCGAAAAAUGUCUGCUUGCUUGCAUUGUUGUCGUUGAGAGUAAAAGCAACAGUACAAAUGCACACACCAGAAAAAACUUGAAAUAUUCUCUGCCACGCCAAUGCAGAGAAUCUCAUUCACUUGUAACAGGGUUCCUCUGCCACACAAUACAUAUUCAUAAACAUAAUAACAUGGUUAGUGUGGAUGACACAUCAACAUAUGACACGCCCGCCGGGUUUAUUUACAUUUGUGUUUACAUUUUCUGGUGCUUAAUACAAAACAUUUUCCUGUGUAUCAAUUAAUCCAUGUUUGUUGUUGUCGUCCAAGACUUCGACCCCAUUGUGUGAGUACUGUAUUGUUGUUUGGGAAUUCCAUUUUAUUUGUAUUGGUCCCAGCAUUUACCAGCAGAACACGUGAAAUAAAGGAUGUUGAAUCCUAAA